AUGGCCCUCACGUCCUCCGACUCAGCCAGGCCUCUCCGCCAUGGCCGCCUCCACACGCCUCACCACCCCCGCGCGACGUUCAUCAACUGGGGCCUCAGCUAUCUCUGCCGCCCGCUCGCCGUCUUCGAGCCCGAAACCGAGUACCAGUGCGAGCUCAUCUUCGAGCUCGCCCGUCGCGAGGGGAAGACGGUCCGUGCCACAGGCGUCGGCCACAGCCCGAGCGAUCUUGCCUGCACGACCGGCUACAUGCUACGGACCGAGAAGCUGAACGAGAUCAUCGAGGUCAACACCGAGAAGCGCUACGUCGUCGCACAGGGCGGCGUCACCCUCAAUGCUGUCCACGCCGCCCUCGACGCCCACGGGCUCGCCAUGACGAAUCUAGGUUCAAUAUCCGACCAGACGCUCGCAGGAAUGGUCACGACGUCGACCCAUGGUAGCGGCAUCGACUACAAGGUUCUAUCCACCCAUGUGCUAUCCCUCCUGCUGCUCUUGCCGGAUGGCUCGCGCGUCCGUUGUUCCCGCGAGGACAGACCGGAUCUGUUCAUGGCGUCUCUGUGUGGACUGGGCAGCACAGGCCUCAUUCUGGAAGUCAAGCUUGAGGUCGAACGGGCGUUCCGCCUGAAGGAGACGCAGGAGACGCUUCCAUUCGACCAAGUGCUCGACAAGUUCGACGACCUCGUUCAUUCCGCGGAGCAUGUCAGGUUUUGGUGGUUCCCCGCUGCUCGUGUGGUGCGCGUGAGCGCAGCAAACCGGUCGAAUGAGCCCAAGAAGCCCGUUAGCACUUGGCUCUGGCACUCGUUGAUCAGCUACCACCUACUCCAAUUCCUCUUUUUCCUGGGACGAUUCAUCACGUCGCUCAACCCGUUGAUCGGACGUUUCGGCGCGUGGCUGGUGUCCGAUUACACAGUGGCAGUGGACGACAGCUAUCGCAUUUUCAAUGUGGACUGCAAGUAUCCGCAAUACACCACGGAGUGGGCCAUCCCAUACGCCCACGCACGGGCGUGCCUCCAGGAGAUGCAGACAUGGCUGGAUGAGGAACAUGCGAACCCCAAUGGCCUGCGCCCCCAUUUCCCGAUCGAGAUUCGGCCGUACGGCUUGAGCGUACCGUACAGAAAGCUCUUCGAGCGUUACGAGCGCGCACCAUUCCGGCCCGACGACCUGCGCAAGCUGUACCCGCGCUUCGAUGAUUUCAUCAGGGUGCUUGAGGAGGUCGACCCGCGGGGCAUGCUCCGCAACGAGUAUGUCAACCGCCACCUAUUCGGUGCGCAGGGCCCUGCGUAUGGGGAGCGAGUCUUCAAGGUAAAGCAUUAG